AACCUUCACUCUCUCUAGCCUCCCUCAUCUUUCUCUCUCUGUCGGCGAUGCAGAGGCUAUCGUUAGACUCAUCAGCUUCAAAGCUCCAUAGCUAUGGAGGACGAAAGGACGACAUCGAUGACUUGAAACUAGUUUCCUCUUCUCCUUCUUCGUCGUCGUCCGCGGCAGAUUACGACGAUCACGAGCUCAAAGACUUUAAGCCGAGACGGUUAUCAUCGCUGCAAUCACCAUUCGCGACAACGAAUCAGAAGCAAGAGAAGCUUGUUCACUUCAUUCCGAUUCUCACUCUCAUCUGCUUUAUCAUCCUCUACCUCACUUCUUACGCUCCGUCCCAAUCAGAUUUGGCUCAGUUUAAUGGAUUCAUGCGUCCUUCGAAACAUUUAGAAUCGGACGAAAAUGGCGACGAAAUCUCUGGAUUUAUCAGAGCCGAUACACUAGCCAUCCGUAGUAGCGUACGAAACCUUCAAGAGACGGAAAGUUUCACGACGAAAUCACUUCCCCGUCGCCGGACUUCUCACCGGAAAACCGCAGACUUCUAGCUUAUCUCAAUCUAAUUAUUUCGUCGUCGCAUUGCAUGUCGAUUUGUUUUAUUCCAAUUAAAAGAAUUCGAAUUUC